AUGAUAUAUUUAAUGAAAUACCAAAUAAUGGCUCCAAGAACUAACAUCAACCAGAACGCACAUACCAAUAGAUCAGCAUCUAGGCCAUUGAUCAACACAGUCAACACUGGCUGUAUAGGAUCGUCUAAUCCAAUGAUUGCUCCUACACCAGACAAUAUGUCAAUUCCAGUGUCAGAGUUUAAUGAUGUUGUCAGUAUUCUUGCUACACUCAAUAACAAAAUGACAGCCGUUAGUUCUGAUGUUAGUGAAUUGAAAGUACAAUGCCAGGUGGGUGCUCAAUCGACUGGCAUGCAAGCCGUUCUUGAUUCUGAUAUGGAUCCUCAGGACAUCAUAAGCAGCUCAAGACACCCAAAGAUUUCAUUGAUUAGAGAGAAUAAUGAUAAACCAACUUGGGAUGUCAAUGUUGGUUUGUCUGACGAGUUUAACAAGAAUCUUGCAACAGCCAUGGUACCACCAAAAGAGCUAUGUGGUAUUAUUGUAAACAGCUAUUACAAUUGCUUGGCUGCCAGUAAGCUUACUGAAGAAGACAUACAGACAAACACUACCUCAAACAGAAGAGGAAAUAGAAAGACUGCUCUUAAUAAAAGGAGAAAAAGAACAUACAAAAAGCAUAAGGAUGCAGUUACCAAAAAGUUUAAUCGGGAUUACAAUGGCGUUUUUUAUAGAGACGCAAUGUCUGGUGAUGAGACAGAAACCGACACUUCUGUUGUUGCAUCUCGUUCUGAUUGGCGUAGUAAUGAGUUGAAUGCUGUGUUUGACUUUCUUGACAAUCUCGCCAGAGAUGACUUGGGAAAAAGAGCAACAUAG